AUGGGAGAAAGUAAACAUAAGAAAGAAGCAAAGAAAUCAUCGUCAAAACGAGAGCACAAAGAUGACUCUAGCAACAGACAUAGCAAUCAUCGAGAGCAAAAACGACAUAGAAAAAGUGGUUCCUCACGUCAUAAGAAAGUUGAUCAUCAUGAGGUCGAUUAUUCCGAUCCUUCACUUUGGGUGGAAGCAGAUCACAAUGUUGCCGAGGCAACUCCGGCAGAGCAACUUACAUAUCAGCAGAAAGCUAUGGAGACAGAAUCAGUGGCCGAUCCAGCUACUUUCCCAGCCGAGCAAGAAGCGAGGCAUGGUUGGAUGUUAGGUGGUGGAGAGGGUUUUGACUUUGCCGACAUGGGUACUGCAAGAAGACGUGAAGAGACACCAAAACCUAACCCGGACGACCUGAAAGUUAGCGAGCGAGAGUUGAACCAAUAUCUCGUAAAAGGAAUCAAAGUUGACGACUAUCCGGAGGAAGAAAAACGAAAGAUCAAAUUUGGCGACGCAGGCUCAAAUUGGAGAAUGAUGAAACUCAAAAGGACUAUUGAGCAAGCAGAGGAGGAAAAGCGACCACUAAACGAAGUUGGCAUUGAAAGAUACGGGUCUAUGGAGAAAUUUCAAGAGGCACUUGAUGAGAAAGAAUAUCUGAAUAGUCUGAAAAAGGGUAGACGAUAUAUAGAUAACCGCAGCAGCCAUGCUGAUGGCAAAAGAGAUGAGCGUUCCAAUGAAAGUAGCAGAAGAGGUGACAGUAGACGCUAUAUGUUCACGGACACAGAUGCUACAACUAAAUCCUUCAAACGUCCAGAGCCAUUCCGCUCAGCUCCACGCAUUCCUGCAUCGGAUAAACCAAGUGUAUCCACUAUACCUGCUGCAGCCACGGCAACAUCGACACCUGUACCCGCCCAAUCUGCUUUACCGGCUGCUAGUACAGAAACAGCUGCGGAUAAUACAGCACCCCUUACUCGCGAUCAACUGAACAAACUAAACUCAAAGGUAAUGAAGGCAAGAUUGAUGAAUUCCAGUAACUUAGAAGCUUUAGAAAAAGAAUAUCAAGAAGAGCUUCAAAAAUAUGAACGUGCUCAGCGCGGCGAAAUACCACCGAAUAAAGGUGAUGUUACUAUACUACCAACCAUCGAUAGUCAGGGUCGGAUGUAUGACUAUGCCUUGAAUAAAACGUCCUCAACAAACGUGGAAUCAUUGAAAGGAAAAAAGCGUUUCGAAGGUACGCAUGACAAAUCAACUGGUGAGAGGCUUCGUUACAGCACAGCAGAUGAUACAGCGACACUAGCUGAUUUGAUAAGACAAGAAAAAGCGGGAGGCCAAUCCAUGAAUAUGGAUCUAGAAUUUGCAAAGCGAAUUGCAAAUGAUACUUCAUAUGAGAAUAAUUUGGAUUACAUUGAUGAUAAAGCAGAUAUAAUGGCCGCUAAGAAAGGAACGUCGGAAAAGCAACAAAUGCAGCGCGCAGUUUCAGAUUAUAAACGAACACAAGAAGCUUUGGCUAAAUGUAGAUACUGUUAUCAAGAUGGUAAACCCCCUCAAAUAGCUAUGAUAUCGCUUGCUACGACGUGCUACCUGGCUCUACCCAAUGUGCAAGAGUUAACCCCUGGGCAUUGCUUGAUCGUUCCUCUUCAGCAUGUAACAUCAAUGCUAGAGUGUGAUGAAGACGUUUGGACAGAAGUCAGAAAUUUCCAAAAAUGUUUAUUGAAAAUGUUCCAUGAGCAAAACAAAGGUGUAGUCUUCAUGGAAACAGUUGUUAAUCUACGUUCACAACGACAUACAGCCAUUGAAUGUAUUCCCAUACCAUAUGGCACCUAUGAAGAUGCGCAGGCUUAUUUCAGAGAAGCUAUCAUGUCUUCCGAGGAGGAAUGGUCUCAGCAUAAAAAGGUCAUUGAUACGUCUGAGCGUGGAUUUCGCAACUCGAUGGUGAAAGACCUACCUUAUUUCCAUGUAUGGUACAAACUGGAUAAAGGUUAUGGUCACGUAAUUGAAAAUCCGAAUGACUUUCCGUAUUGGUUUGGUAAAGAAGUAAUAGCUGGUAUGCUUGAUAUUGGACCAGAAUUAUGGAGAAAGCCCAAAUAUCAUCAUUCUAGUGAGAAUCAACAUCGUCAAAAAGAAUUUUUGAAAAGUUGGGAAAAGUGGGAUUGGACGAAAGCACUAUCAUAA